CCAAGUCGUACGCACGCAUCUGACGUUUGCAACAAUCGCAAAUCGCAUGCAUAUAAUCCUUCACAACACUAAAAACACGACAACAGAGUUAACGUGUUAUCAAUAAAAAUAAUGGAAGAUAUAUCGGUCAAAAUGAUUGAAGUUUUAAUAUCUGAAGUUCAAAAACGGAGAGUUUUGUGGACUAAGGGACAUCGGAAUAAAGUCACAAUGGAUUUGGAAUGGACUGCCGUAGCGGAUGUUACCGGUUUAACCAAAAUAACAGCAAAGACCAAAUGGAGGGGUCUUCGAGAUCAGUUUUUGAAAGAGUUGAAAAGAAUACCAGUUCCAGAAUCAGGAGACCCACAACAAAGAAUUGACAAUUAUAGGGGAAAAUGGCAGUACUUUGAAAAAUUAUCUUUUCUGGAGGAAAUAGCAGGACUACACGGCCGGUCUUUAGAAACAUCAGACAUUGAUGAUUCUACUUACAGGCAAGAAAAGCAAUCUGCUGCUUUGGGAAAUAUUAAAGAUGAACACGAGCAGUAUAUAAAAACAGAAACACCUCUUUACAAAAAACAAGGACGAGAAGUGGAUUCUGAUUCUUCACUAGACACAGAAUUAUUAAAAAUGGGACACAGUAGUUUUCAAUUAGAAACUGAGGAUGAAGAUUUGCUAUUUUUUAAAUCAUUAUUACCUUAUUUCAAACAAUUAGAUCCGAUACAGAAGUUAAGGAUUAGAAAUCAGUUUCAAGAUAUUUUAAUUCAAAAUUUAUCUACCCAACAGCAAGUCCCUUCUCCUGAAUAUAAAUUAUUUUCGUGAUCUUCUUAUAUCAUUUUGUUCUUUAAGUUUAAUGAUAUUAAAUAGUAAAUCUAAAUAUAAUUUUUAUGGAUAAUAAAUUGUAAUACAAAAUUAUAAAAUAAAAUAAGAAUAGC